GCGCGCGCGUGUACCGCCGCGGUAGGUGGUGUGCUUGGUUCUAGUUGUACGAGUACUCGACUCGAUCGACUCGAGACUCGAGUUCAGUACCCGGUUGACAGCCGGUGAGGCGGCGGCGUGACGUGGUGCUCCAAGCGUGUUAUACGCGCACGCCGCCUCUGCGCGAUUUUCUAUUAAUUGUAAAUAAUUUUUGUAUACAAAAUAUAAGACGUGCUAAUACAGAACAGUAACUAUUCAGUGUGUGAUUACCUAAGCUGUUCUUACAGUCAAUCUGAUAUUGUGUUGUUUAUUUAUACGGACCACGUUAUGUAGUGUCUUUGAUACGAUUUACUCUACUAGGGAGUAACGAUUAACGUAAUAUUCGCAAUCAAAACAUGCAUGUAUUUAUUAAUUGAAUGACGUAUUAAGGGAUUAUACAUUCGUUCAAUGUUGUGUGCUUGAUUACUUACAGUAAUUUUAGUGUGCGUAGGUAAAUGACUGCCUUCGAUGGAUAUAAACAAAAAAGUGUUACGGAUGAUUUUCAAUAAAUCCUCCAAAGUGCUGGAAAAUCCAUUUGGAAUUUGAUGAUUAUAAUAUAAUCAACAAUGGCGGACCGUGAACGUCCUGCGAAAACCCCCAUUAGGGUGGGUUUUUAUGACAUCGAGAGGACCAUUGGCAAGGGAAAUUUUGCCGUCGUUAAGUUAGCACGACAUCGAAUAACGAAGACUGAGGUAGCAAUUAAGAUAAUAGAUAAAUCGCAAUUAGACGCCAGCAAUCUUCAAAAAGUCUACAGAGAGGUGGACAUCAUGAAGAGACUGGAUCAUCCUCAUAUUAUUAAGCUUUACCAGGUCAUGGAGACGAAGAACAUGAUCUACAUAGUUUCAGAAUACGCAAGCAAAGGAGAAAUAUUUGAUUACAUCGCGAGGUAUGGCCGUAUGGCUGAGCAAGCAGCACGCCGCAAGUUCUGGCAGAUCCUUUCCGCCGUGGAGUACUGUCACGAGAGGCGCAUCGUUCACAGAGAUCUCAAGGCGGAAAACUUACUACUGGAUGCUAACAUGAAUAUCAAGAUCGCGGAUUUUGGAUUCAGCAAUUACUACGCGACAGGCGAGCUCCUCGCGACGUGGUGUGGGUCACCUCCCUACGCUGCUCCUGAAGUCUUCGAGGGCAAGAGAUAUACGGGCCCAGAAAUUGAUAUAUGGAGUCUCGGCGUGGUGUUAUACGUGCUCGUAUGUGGGGCACUGCCUUUCGACGGCUCCACACUUCAGUCAUUAAGGGACAGAGUGCUCUCCGGCAGAUUUAGGAUACCAUAUUUUAUGAGCGAAGAUUGCGAGUCUCUGAUUCGCAAAAUGCUUGUGUUGGAGCCGAUGAAGAGGUACACAAUAGAACAAAUCAAGAAGCAUCGGUGGAUGGCAGCGGAGCCCUACGCAGUGCCAACGAUAUCAGCUGACCCUGCACGGAGUCCUGCGCACGCACCGUCGCACAAUGAGCCAAACGAACAAGUGCUGAGGCUCAUGCAGAGUUUAGGAAUCGACCCAAUUAAAACUAAAGAGAGCCUCAGAUCUAACAGCUAUGACCAUCAUGCGGCGAUAUACCUUCUUCUAUUAGAAAGGUUGCGUGCGAGGGCGGCUAGUGGAGCCAGUAUGUCUAACGUAGAAGCCCGGACCAGACCCUCACGACGACCGUCCUCUGUGGCCGAUCAAGCAUUAGCCAAAGAAGCUCAUGAGGCUAGACGGGAACAUCACACAAGGUUACUUCACGCUGGCGAUUCUCAGUCAAGGGAGUACAACAGAGCCACUCCGACAAUAUCCAGUGCACCGGUGGACUCGUCGUCUGCCGAGACACAGCGAUUGUUGUCCCUAGCAGCCGUCAACAUGACCGAACAGCGACUGCUCCAGCGAAAUUCCGACCCCUCGGAUACGCAUCGGAGCUUUUUAGUCGGCAACCUUGAUGCUAUUUCCAGAAGCCAUGAGUCAGAAUCCACUAGACUACUUUCCAUGAGAAAUAUUGAUGUAUCUCAAUCAAACCAAAGGCUAGGUGCUAAAAUAAAUGAGCCCUCUUUACCAACACAUAGGCUCCUCACUUCAACUUAUGAGCAACAACAAAAUAUUCUGAAACAAUCCAGUGAAGACUGCCGACGGCUACUGCAGCAGUCGACGACUGUGGGGUCUGAAUCUAGUAAAAAUACCAUUGAUGGUACUAGACUGCUUACUUCUUCAAGUUUCGAUUCCAAGUGUGCUAUUGACGGUGGAAGAAGUUCCUCAACGACUGAUCAUAACGCUAUAGCGAAUUUUUUACAAAAUUCUGCUUCGGCGACUAAUUUCAGUGUUGAUACUAUGAAAUUACCUAACUCAACAACAUUUACAAUGUGUUCUGAAGCAGCUAAACUUAUGAAUACUUUACAACAGUCACCUUUACCUUUGAAGGGAACAGUCAACUUGAGCACAAGUCCUAUCCCAACACAGCUUGGAGAAUCUAAACUAAGUAGUGUAUUAGAGCAACCAAAGCCACUUGAAUCCACAAGACUUGUAUCACAAGCACAACAACAAGAUCUCAAUCGUCUCCAAACUAGUACGCCACCAUUCAAGGAUUACAUGAAUCACCAUCUCCCAGCGUAUGCGUAUUUACAAAACUCUGUCUUGCCACCGAUGUCUAGUACUGCAGAUGCAAAUUUUUCUAUUACUUCUACAGCCACCGGUGAUUUAUUUCCGAGUGGGCUGUAUAGACCAGAUAGCAAAUUUUCCCUCAACAGAUAUACGACGGGUCAAACGUAUUCCCAAAAUCUUCAAGGCAGUAGCAAUACAACAGAGGCGACAAAAUUUCAACAACAGUAUUCUUCGUCGACCGACGAAGGUUGCGAAACCGAUAUGGAGGAUGUCGCGAAUGCAUCAGGCGGAGUUCAAAACAGACUAAGUUCUUACGCUAGUUCAAGUUCCAGCAGUGGUGUUGUCACUUUUUUUAAUAACAAAAGUCUUAGUCAAAAUCUAAGUUGCGAUUCAUCACAAAGCAAUUUUUCUACAUUCGAAAGCCUAGAUUACCAACUGUCCGACUGUUCUAGUGAGUUAGCUAGUAGUCUUCCGAGCUGCACCUCCAAUGAAGAAAAAUUAGCAUACGAUAACAAUUCACUCGUGAAUACAAGCCCAAUGCAUCCAUGCGUUUACAUAUCGUCUUACAACAAUAAAACUCCGGGCGUGGGAUUCAUCGCGAGACACAAUCCAUUGAAUUAUCAGUCUGUCAAUAACAAGAAUUGUCCUCGGGCAAUCACGCGGAGUCCGGUUGAUUUUCGGGAAGGGCGUCGUGCGAGUGAUGGCCUUGUGGCACAACAAGCUGCACAAUCCAAUGAAUCACAAAAGAACAGUCUGGCUUUUAACAGCCAACGCUUAAAUGAGAACUGCAAAGCGAAGGGGGUUUUGGAACUACACCUAGUGCAAAAAGAGGCGCAGAAAUUAAAAACUCAGUAUCAGUCGACAAUACCUGCAGAAGAAAUGACACAGAGACAAAUUCAACAUAACCAGUUCGCGGCCAGUUUUAGUCCACAUUAUUUGGAUACGAAAAAUCCCACUCCAAAACGUAUCAGUCUUCCCGAAACGUUCAACUAUUCAAGCACGUCCCCGCCGAUGCCUGCGAGUCCUAAACUAGUGGCACAACUUCAAGACCAGACUGAGCUACAACAUGCUGCUUCUCAAGUUAAACCUCCGUUGCAGCAACAGCUCAUGCAACACAGACUGUUUCAACAAAAGCGACAACUACUACAGAAACAGAUGACUCCACCAAAUGUCCCUACCCACGAAAUGGGCAUUCACACCCUGCAGGUGGGCCUCAGUAGGCGACAAAUGUUGCGGCAACAAAGUUACAAAAUAGCUCAGCAACAACAAAUUUUACCUCCCUUGCCACUCACCGAAACCGAGAACCGUGAUUUGCUAGCUUUUCAAGCAAUAGUGGAAGGUCCAAACAGAACACCGAAGCAUAAGCCGGAAGAAGGCCAAGAUGAGGCGAAAUUCGCAUAUCAGGGCUCUAUGGAGAUAAGCAUACUGAAUAAGGAGCGGUUGGGUAAUGAGAACUGGUCAAACUUGCCGUCGAGCUUACAGAGUGCGUGUCAGAUCUCGGAGCUGGCGGGGCGACGCGAGACGCGCGACACCCGCGACACUCGCGACACGCGGGACUCCGAGCCCGAGGCGACGGCGCACGCGUCGCACGCGACACACGACGCGCCGCUGUGGCCGGGCCACUGGAACACGGCCCUGUUCCAGCCGCAGCCCUGCUUCCAGGUAUUCCAACAGAUCAAUUAGUAGCACUCCACGUAAACAGUAGUCACGUAGAGUUUGUAGUGUGAUUACGUUUCAUUGGCCGUGGUGUCUGAUCGCUUUCGGUCUCCACGUCUGUUGUUGCUAGAUGAAAGAAUGGUCUCAUUAAGGUUUAUAUUCGUAAAGCAUCGUACUGUGAGUAUGUAAGUGCGUAGACAAUUGUAAUAUCACAGAUAUAUUGUGUAUAUUUAGAGUGCAUGACAAUAACUAGUGCUUUAAAUUAUAUAUUACACCAGUAGAUCAAUGGUUCACUGCAAUAUUAUAAUCCAAACUGCCGUUAAGUACCUACUUUUAUAUUAAAUAUAAACCCCAAUAAAUAGUCAUGUAUUCUUAGCAUAAUAUGCAUUGUAUCGAUAUAGUGAAUGCACUCAAUAUUUGAUAAUUAUACCAAAUACAUUUAAAUAAAAAUAUACAAGACCUUGUUACAAAGUAUUCAUUCCUGUUGUUUGUUGAUAAAUAAAGCAAAUAUCAUCACUAAAUAGUAAUGUAUAAGUUUGUACUAAACCUAGCUAUUCCAUUUAAAUAUUAUGACUUGCCAAGUAUUGUAUUAAUUCGUUGGAGUUGAAUGUCUUGCAUUUUGCCCAUUUGUUCUACAUCACAUGAGAAUGUUCCUACAUAAUUAUUUGUUCGUUAAUUUCUCCAUGGUACAUUAAUUUUAUUAGAUAUAAGUAUCUAUUUAUUAUAUAGAUAUUAUAAGUUAAACAUUAUGAGUCUGUACUUUUUCUUUGUGAAAGUCUGUAUAGUUUUUGUUAUUAUUUGCUAAAUAUAUAAUAAUUUAUGUAAGAUGUGAUAGCUUUACUUAGAGGCAAGUUUUAUUUAAAUACAAGUUAUUGUAAAUUUAUAAUAA